AUGGAUACAAAUGUUUUAAAAAUAUCAAAUGAUGGAGAUGUAAUUAAAAACUCAUCAAGUAAUGAAGAAGAUAUGUUGGUUAAGAAUAAACGAUUUAAACUUUUAAUGCUUGGUGAUUCUUCUACUGGUAAAACAUCAUUACUUUAUCUUUAUUCUGAUGGUUUUAACUCCCACCAAGAGUAUAUGCCAAGUACUUUUGAAAAUAGAGAUAAAGUUGUUCCAAUUGAAGAUUCAAAAUCAAUUGCAGUUACAUUACUUGAUAGUAGCGGCCAGGACACCUAUCAGGGUAUUAGAAAAACUGCAUAUGCUCAAACAAACACUUUUAUUUUAUGUUUCUCAAUUACUGAUAGAGAUUCAUAUCAAAAUAUUUUAAAUACAUGGCACCCAGAAAUUAUAAAGGAAUCAAAUGCACCAAUAUUAUUGGUUGGUACAAAAAUAGAUCAAAGAGAAGAUAAUAGUAAUAAUAACAACAAUAAUGAAAAUAAUAAUUGCGUAGAUAAUAAUAAUGAUAAUAAUAAUAAUAAUAAUAAUGAUAGUAAUAAUUAUAAUAAUAACAAUAAUGAACAAGUUAAAUUAGAUAGAUCAAAAUUUGUCACACACGAUGAAGGUUUAAAUAUGGCAAAAAGAAUAAAUGCGGUUGGGUAUUUGGAAUGUUCAACCCUAAAUGAAAAAAGUAUUGAAAAAGUUUUUAAUACUGGCGCUUAUUAUGCAUAUAAAUAUUAUUUAAAAACAAAACCAACAGAUGAAAAUGAAUCAAAUCAAAAUAGCAAAGAUUUUUCAAAAAGAAUCAAAAAAUUUAAAAAAGAAAAAAGUUGUAAAGUAAAUUAA